UCACUCCACCGGUGGGAAUGUUUUUAUUCGUGUUGGAUUCUAAGUUUAUUCCCGCUUCCAGUCGGGAUUGAAACCUCUGCAAAGUGAACAGUUAGGGGCUUGGGAGUUGCUGAGGAGACCGGAGCUAGUGUGGGCCACUUUAACACUGAGAGUCAGGGUGAGUCAGACUCUCUCUCACUCAGCAGUGAGUAAAAUCUCCUUAUUCCGCUGGACAGUUUCCACCCCACUCAGAUGUUUGCUAACGUCCCCGCUGAUCGUUAAACAAAGGAAUUGCAUUUCUAAAAGCACCAUUGUCGCUAGCCCAGCAUGACCCAAAGCACUUUGCAGACGAUGAAACACUUCUCUGAAGCGUGGUCACCGUGGAAAUGCACAGCGCGACUAGUUACGCACGGCAAGAUCCCACAAGCGGCAACGUGCUAGCCGUCCGCUGGCUCCGGAAAACUGGGAAUGCCGCCGGAGAACCUGCGGACGAUGCUGAGUCAGGAGGGGUCAGAUUCCAAUGUGGAUGGGUGAUCGACAGGAAACAGCUACUCUUUAGCAGACAGUCAUCCGAUUUGCUCCUCGUACUGCCUGAACAACCAGGCACAGCAUAUGCCUGACAGCGGGCAGCUGGGAAAACAUCUGGAAGAGCAGUAGCAACACUGAGACAAACAGCUGGAAGAUGAGCUGCAAGAUAUUCUGAACACAUCAAGAUUUAUCACCUCUGUGUGUGAAGUCCAGUCUGAGCGGAAAAUCCCCUAAAUCACCCCAGAAGGACUGACAUUAUCCCCCUUCUAGGUGGGGUAAAGACUGAGUGAUGUAUCUAUCUAGUCUGUUGCCCCUUCACACACUCUAUGUGACCCUGUCUCUCUCUGCACAGCACUUUCCAUCCUGGGGUCACUAUGACUUGUGUAAGACCCGGGUCCACUGGGAUCAAUGGAUGAGUUGGGAUUACAUGGCCUGCCAACCUGAGACCACCCUGCUCACCAGGUUCCUGAAGAUCAGUUUGGAUCCCCCCAACAGCACGUGUGGAGAGACCCCCGAGAUGUACUGUACUCUGGAGAACCCGUACAUGUGCAACAAUGAGUGUGAUGCUCACACACCUGAGCUGGCCCACCCUCCUGAGCUGAUGCUGGAUGAUGAAGGCAGGAUUCCCACCAGCUUUUGGCAAAGUGUGUCCUGGAGGAGUUUCCCCAGGCCCCUGGUGGUCAACAUCACCCUGUCCUGGGGGAAGAGCAUUGAAUUGACCGAGGACAUCAUCAUCACCUUUGAGUCAGGCCGGCCGGAGCAGAUGGUCCUGGAGAAGUCUCUGGACCAUGGGCGAAGCUGGCAGCCCUACCAAUUCUAUGCAGCCGACUGCCUCAACUCCUUCGGGAUGGAGCCGAGGAAGGCUCGGGAUCUGAGGCCGGCCUCGGUGCUGGACAUCAUCUGCACAGAGGAGUACUCCAGGGGCUAUGUGUGGAAGAUGGACAAGACAGUCCGCUUCGAGAUCCAGGAGCGCCUGGCCCUGUUCGGGGGGCCCCACCCCGGGGACAUGGCCUCAUUGUACGGCCAACUGGACACCACCAAGGAACUGAGAGACUUCUUCACCCUGACCAACCUGCGGGUCAGGCUGCUGCGGCCGGCUACUGGACCCACCAGCGUCGACCCCCACAAUCUCUCCAAGUACUUCUACGCCAUCUCCAACUUGGACAUCCGUGGCCGGUGCAAAUGCAACCUUCACGCUAACAACUGUGUCACGAAGAAGGGAAAGCUAAGCUGUGAGUGUGAGCACAACACGACAGGGCCGGACUGCGGCCGAUGCAAGAAAGGUUUUCACGGCCGGAGGUGGAGAGCAGGCUCGUACCUACCGAUCCCCAAAGGGACAGCCAAUAUCUGUCUCCCUAACACCCUCACCAAUAGCAGGGGAGUGUGUGAUAACCUGCUGACACGGUGUGAGAACGGAGGAGUGUGUGAGGAGAACGGGAGGUGCCGGUGCCCAGCUCCCUACGCCGGGCUCCUGUGUGAGAAAGUCCAGUGCAGGAAGGGAGCGGGAGGCUGCGUCUCCCAAUCGGCCCGGGAGCCCUCCCUGCACCGGGCGCUGCUCUCGCUGACCGCGCUGCUCACUGCUGCCCGUGGCUGCCCACUGCUCUGAGCCGCUUCCAGCACCACCCGAAAGCUGAGGAGAGCGGCAGGACAAAUCCAGCGUUUACUGCGAUGCCAUUCAAACGUGCACCACCCCUCCCUCUGUCUCCUCCCACACCUCCGCAUCCCCGACAAAGGAUAACUACAAGUGAGGUCUGAACCCACCCAGUCACCCAGGCCGAUUGGAUCUCAGGAAGGAAUGGACAGUCGGUGGGGAACUGGACUCUGUGUGUCUCCUCACGGGACUCAGGCAGCUCCCCAUAAUUCAUUCUCUCAACUGUCAGCCGCUCGGCCCGUCGACAUUUAGUGCAGAAUCUUUCUUCACCUCAGGACAUCCUGAAGCUGUUUGGAAAAAAAAACAAAUCAACAAAGCGCUGUGUGAAAAUGGUCAAAUGACCACACUUGUGGUUUAGAUUAAGGGAUAAAUACUGGCCAGACGCAAGGCAGAAAUGUUCUUCAUUACACUACCUUUAGAAUGUCCUACAUUGAGGCAAAUUGUCGGUUUAGUGCCUCAAUGUGUAGCAAUUAUUCUCUGCUCCCUCCCUCCAUCCAUCCAGACCCCCCUUCGCUCCUUCUCUUUCCCUCACUCCCUUUCUUUUCCUUCAAUCUUUGUGUACAAGUGAAGGCAGUUAACAGGAGAUGGGUGGGGUUUCUUCAGCAAUUGGCGGCUUUGCCUCCCGGAGAUUUUCCGGCCUAUUUCCACGAAGCAGUCGAAUGGCGAUCGCCCGUCCGCAACGUAGUGUUGAAGAGGGAGAACGAUUUUCGCUCAACUGCUCCUUCCGACCCUGUGACACGACAGAAAAUAAUAAAAUGUGCAGGGGCCAACCUUUUGAUGUUUUCUGUGCACUGAUGCAACUCCUACACUGCACAAAGUACACUGGUGAGGUAUUAGUGAGUUAUUUCUGCGACACCCCUUUGCAUGCACUGAGGUCACUUGAUCCUGCGUUUAUUCGAUCUGAUUAAUUGCUGCGCCGAGGUAGAGUGAAAAGUAUUGUGUGCUUUACAGGCAGAUCGGACUAUACAAGUGCAUCAGGGUAACAGAACAAACUGCAGGACACAAUGCUACAGAUGCCUAGAAGGUGCAGAGAGAGAUCAAUAUCAACAUUAAAAAGGCCCACUCAAAGAGGUCAUUAUUUCACAAGGGGUUCAAAGCUUUUAACUGCAAUAAAACAGAAGAGAUAUUCUGGCUUGAAAAAAAUGUUUCAACCGAUCGUGUCUUAGACAGGGGCAUUAAUCAUCAUUGAUUUAUUUUCUCUCUUUUUGGUUUGAGGGAAUCUCUUUCAAACCUGAGCGGUUUUUUAUCACUAUCGCUUCUGAACUGUUGUCG